AGCUCUGCUGGGGGACAGACAGCCCCCCCAGCCCUCCCAGUGUCACCAGAGGAACUGGGCAAGCCAGGACGUUGCGAAAGGUGGAAAUCCCGCUCUGACGAUGCUUCCUUCCAGGCACCCUUGAAAACCUGCUGCGCCCGGGCAGGGCUCACAGAGCACCCAGGCCACGACGCGGGCCCAGCAGGCACAGCAGCGCUCGACGGGUACCAGCAGGUCUCUGCCCAGCUUUGUGCAGUCAGCCGUGGACAUGGCCUUUGUUCCCGACCUGGAUGUGCUGGAGAGCAGCAACCUGAGCGAGGAGACCUUCUAUGGCCCUGACUGCCUCUGCCUGCACGAGGUAAUGCUGGGCGGGUAGCAGCUGGGAAGGGUAGGACCCCUGGAUGGGGAAGCUGAGUUCUCACCUCAGGUGCCCCUUCCUCUCUAGAAACCCCAUCUAGACAUGAAGGUGACCUCGCCUGAGGUGGGCAUCCAGGUGACAGUGACCAAGGGGCACUCUGCCAGGACCUUCCGCCAGGCUGCUGUGCUGGUGGCAACUGUGGCCAAGCUCUGGAAGCAGCCAGCGCACAGGGACUUUGCUGACAGUGACCUCGGGGACCUUCUGGAUGAUAUUUUUGAGCCGGUCUCCUUCCAGCACAUCGAGGGCAGCUGUGCUGGGGCUCCUGUGUACCGCUACACUCGCUCCCAGUCUUUUGACAUCCUCGACAUCGACCACAAGUGCUUCGUGCUGGAGUCUCCCACCCAGCUGGUGGCCCUGCACCUGCAGGGCCCCUCUGCCAAGCAGAAAGUGAAGCUCAACAUUGCUCUGUACCGUACCCGAGCGUCACAGGGCGGGCUGGGGACUGGGCGAGUGCCAGUGGCACUGGGCAUCAAGGGCUACCAGCUCUACAUGUCCUGUGUGAUGAGUGGGGCCCAGCCUGUACUGCAGCUGGAGGAAGCUGACAUCAGGAGGGACAUUGACAGCAUGGAGCUGAUUCGCUUCAUCUUCUUCCGCCUGGACAGCCCUGCCGAGGGCACCACUCGCUUCGAGUCUGCUGCCUUCCCCGGCUGGUUCAUCUGCACCUCGCAGCAGCCUCGCCAGCCCGUGGGCAUCACCAACCAGCCCGACCAGGUCAUUGCCACCUAUGAGCUGAGCGGGCACUGAGGGCCCCCCGAGCCCUCCCCAACCCAACCGGCAGUUGCCGGUUUUCUGGCUGUAUGUACCGAGUACAACCCCCCCAGCGGGACCCCCCCUCUAUUUCAGGUGAAAUAGCAGCUCUGGGCCCCGUGGGCCCAAAGUCACCCCAAUGGCUACUAACUUAUU